CCUGCCUGCAGUGUCAGUGAUUUCAGCUGAUGGAGAGGGUAGCGGCCUUCGUUGCAAUGGAUGAGGAUUUGGGAGCUGUUUCUGUUUUACGGAAAGGAAACCCCGUAAAAGAAAGCAAACGAAGUUUCGUAAAAUAAAUAUUUUCAACCCGUCAAAUGCGAUAAGAGUUUAUUCUGGGGAAGGAGCUGCUCUCUGUCCGCUGUGGGCUUUUCAGGGGGCUUUCCUGUAGGCAGCAGCUACAUUAAAGAGCCUGAACGCUGGGAGCAAUUUGGAAGAAUGACUCUAUCCCACAAUGGCAAAACAUGAGUGAGUAGCUCGGAAUUGCUGGUGCAAAAUAGUGUUGUUUGCAACUUAAUACAUAACGACAAGGAAUGUCGUUUGUGGGGUGGAGUAGCGGUAUAUUUAAUAAUACAUGAGCCGCGUGAAAAUUAGCAAAGAAAACUGCCGUAUGCUCGCGACGUGUUGACUUUUAUUAUUGCCUUUGCAAUAGUUGACAAUGUUUGGACAAUACUCAACGGCACUGUCCUGUAACCUUUAGCUGACUUUAAUGUUAACUAACUAAAUAGCUUGCUUAAUUUCAAGCAACAGCGUUUCAUAUUUUUCUAAAAUAUCGAAAUGGAAUUUGUUACCAUUUGCUUGCUUGUCAGGACUAACGUUCAGGGAGAUCAUUGCUAGCUAGCUAGCUAACUUGUUAGCUAACUAAAUGCUACAUUUAGCUUGUUGGCAACGUAUACUAGCAACACGAGUUUGCUCAAAUAGUCUGUUAUUCAAUCUGGCUAUUGAGUAUUGGAGAUAAAAAGUCAAGGUACAAGCCAUGCGAGGACGAAAACACUUAGGUGCCCUGAUUGGGCAAUGCAUGGGAAAUAUUGUAACAUAUUUGAUCUGAAAUAUUUUUUGUAAAAAAUGAUUGCUAAUCAAAAUAGAAACAGACGCAAACGGAAAAUUAGUUUUAACAGGGAAUGGAUCUUGGAUAGCUAGCCAGACCAUGCCAUUGGCGCAGUGAAGUUUUCGGGACCUGGUCAAGCAAAGUGUAGGGGACUUUGACCGGAUUAAGUUUGCGUGCCAAUGUUUCUGUUUUGUUCUUCAAUAAGCCUCCGGAAUGGCCUUUAAUUUUUGGAACUAUGUCUAAAGCAGCGACAAAAGAGAAGAAAUCUUUCAGCAAGAAGCUGUUCCGCAGGGGCUCAGUUCGCUCCGUGGGGAGUUUUAUGAACAGAGUCCUUAGGACUCUCUCAACAUUAUCUCAUUUUGGCACCGAGGAGCAUACUACAGAAGAUGAAAAGGACGACGGAGGUUUCACCUCUUUUAAGUUGGGAGGAUCUGUUCCUUCGGACGAUAGCGACUGUGGAAGUUUUCUAUUUGGAGAAAAGGUUCCCGGUGUGUCCGGUCUCAAGAACCAUGGAAACACUUGUUUUAUGAACGCAAUUCUGCAGUGUUUGAGCAACACAGAGCUGUUUGCAGAGUAUCUGGCAUUGGAGCAGUACCGCGAAGACGAUGGCAACGAAAAGCCCAAGUCAAACGGCGUGCUUUUGCAAAGGAAGGGUCAGCAGAGCAGAGGAGAGGUCACGGAGCAACUAUCUGGUCUGGUUCGAGCCUUGUGGACUUUUGAAUACACGCCACAGCACAGCCGAGAAUUUAAGAACGUCGUGUCGAAGAGCGCCCUCCAGUUCAGGGGCAACGCGCAGCACGAUGCCCAGGAGUUCCUCCUCUGGCUUCUGGACAGGGUGCACGAGGACCUGAACAACAUCAUCCACCCCAACAGCAGGUCGUCCAUAAAGCCCCCGCUGGAGGAAGAUGACCCCGCCUCAGAAGGGCCCUCUCUUCCUGUGGCUGGCUCCUUCGUGCAGGAGCUCUUCCAGGCCCAGUACAGGUCCUCGCUCACCUGUCCCCAUUGCCAGAAGCAGAGCAACACCUUUGACCCCUUCCUCUGCAUCUCUCUGCCCAUCCCCUUGCCUCACACAAGGCCCCUGUACGUCACUGUGGUUUACCAGGGGAAGUGCUCUCACUGCAUGAGGAUCGGCGUGGCCGUGCCCCUGACCAGCACUGUGUCCAGGCUGAGAGAAGCCGUGUCCCUGGAGACCAAGAUUCCCACCGACCAGAUUGUUCUGACUGAAAUGUAUUACGAUGGCUUUCAUCGCUCCUUCUGUGAUGAUGACGACGAUCUCGAAAUUAUUCAAGAAAGUGACUCGAUCUUCGCCUUUGAGACGCCUGAGAUAUUCAGGCCAGAAAACAUUCGCUCACAGAGAGGAAGCCUCCAUGCAAAUUUAAACCAGAACAACCUGAAAUAUGGGGCGGAGCACAACCGAACAUCUUCCUACCUGCAAGGAGCUGUGAAGCCCACGCUGCCGACCAAUAAGAACGCAGGAGCGGACAAGAUCAUUCUGCUCGUGUGCAACAGGGCCUGCUCUGGCCACCAAAGCAGAAGGUUCGGCCACCCUUUCGUGCUGUACCUGGAGCGCACCGUGACCUGGGACGUCCUCCAAAAAGAGAUCCUGGAGAAAAUGCGCCACCUGCUGAGGCCCGGAGUCUACAUACAGGUCGGGCCCUUCAGUCUACGCGUGGUGGGAGUUGUUGGAAUCACGUACCUGCUGCCUCGAGAGGAACAGCCUCUUUGCCACGCCUCUGUGGAGAGAGCGUACAAGUCCUGUGGGCCGGGGGGCCCGCCACACAUCAAAAUAGUCGUGGAGUGGGAUAAAGAGACCAAGGAUUACCUGUUUGGACACACCGAGGACGAGUACAUCCCGGACGCCGAGAGCGUGCGCCUGCAGAAGGAGCUGCACCACCAGCCCCAGUCCUGCACCCUCGCCCAGUGCUUCCAGCUCUAUACCAAAGAGGAGCAGCUGGCCCCGGACGACGCGUGGCGCUGUCCGCACUGCAAGCAGCUGCAGCAGGGCAGCAUCAAGCUCAGCCUCUGGACCCUGCCCGACAUCCUCAUACUGCACCUCAAGCGCUUCAGACAGGAGGGGGACCGGAGGAUGAAGAUGCAGAACAUGGUGAAGUUCCCCCUGGUGGGGAUGGACAUGGCGCCCCACAUGGUGAAGAGGAGCCAGAGCAGCUGGAGCCUGCCCUCGCACUGGUCGCCGUGGAGACGACCCUACGGCAUGGGCCGCGACCCCGAGGACUACCUGUACGACCUGUACGCCGUGUGCAACCACCACGGGACCAUGCAAGGGGGGCAUUACACAGCCUACUGUAAGAACUCCAUUGACGGGCAGUGGUACUGCUUUGAUGACAGCGAUGUGCAGCCCAUAUCUGAUGAUGACGUUUGCAAGCAGACUGCGUACAUCCUGUUUUACCAAAGGAGAGCCACCAUUCCCUCUUGGUCGGCCAACAGUUCUGUUGCUGGUUCCACCAGCUCCUCCUUGUGCGAGCACUGGGUCAACCGGCUGUCGGGCAGCAAGCAGCCCAGCGUGGCCUCCGCCGCCUCCUCCCGCCGCACCUCCCUCGCCUCCCUGUCGGAGUCCGUGGAGUUCACCGGGGAGCGCAGCGAGGAUGACGGACCCGCUCCCAUGCUGAGGGGAUUCUCCACCCGGCCCUUCGUGCGGAGCGUCCAGCGGCAGAGCCCGUCCUCGCGCUCGUCCGUCGCCAGCCCCCUGGCGGCGAGCGAGAACGGCGUCAAGCCGUCGUGGUCGCUGAGCGCCAAGCUCCAGCUGAGGUCCGGCUCGCCCUCGCGCUUCUCGCUGGACUCGCACUCCUCCGGCACGCUGGAGCGGAUCGGGGAGGCCGCCGACGACAAGGUCUCCACCUCCUGCUUCGGCGGCUACGGCAAGAGCGAGCGGCAGGCGGGCGGCAAGGCCCCGCUGGCGGUGAUGGAGGGCGUGGCCAGCGACGACGGCAGCAGCCGGAGGUCCGUGGAGGAGCCGUACUGCAAGGCCUCGCCGCAGGCCGACAAGAGGAGCCCCAAGCCGGAGCCCGUCGACAACAACAACCAGGCGCCGCCCGCCGAGCUCAAGGAGCCCAAGAGGCGGGGCAGCGGGGGCGGGGCCGCGCCCAAGCCCGACAGCGCCGGGCCCAAGAGGAGCUCCUCCAGGGCCACGCCCGAGCCGGAGAAGAGCUCCAAGAAGCGGCAGGCGUCCGCGGCGGCUCGCGGCUCCCCCGCCUCUCCGGUGUCGGCCGGCCCUCAGGCCAAGGGCCCGGCCAAGGCGGCCUCGGCCAAGGACAGGGCCGACGUCUCCAGGGCUGGCAGGGCCUCGUCCACCGGGACCCCCAGGAAGGAGCCGGCCAAGGCCCAGGAGGCGUCGCCCUCGGGUGCGGCCACGCCCAAGCAGCGCGUCGCCGCGGCGGCCACCCUGCCCCCGCCCUCCCCCGCGCGCAGGAAGCCCUCGGCGGCGACGGAGAGGCCCCCGGCCCCCGGAAAGAGCAAGCCUGCGGAGCGUAGCGCCGGCCGGGACCCCGCGCGAGCCUGCGCCAGCCCCCCCGCCGACAGGCCGGGCCCCGCCAGGGCCACCGCCGCCAGCGCCGCCGCGUCCCGCUCCUCCCUGCCCCGCCCCCCGAGCGGCACGGUGCGCAGCUCCAGCAGCAGCUCCUCCGUCACCAGCCUGCGCUCCCCCGGCGUCCCCGCCAAGGACCUCCGGCGCAGCAGCAAGUCCGAGGACAAGGGCCUGUCCUUCUUCAAGUCCGCGCUGCGCCAGAAGGAGACCCGCCGCUCGGCCGACUUCGGCAAGGCCACCAUCCUCGCCAAGAAGACGCCGGAGGGGGCGGCGCCGCCGCCGCCGCGGCCCGGCGCCGAGGCCCAGAACGGCGCGCCGGGGCCGGGAGAGGGGGCAGGUAAGACGGCCCGGCAGGCCACCCCGGACCCCAAGGCGGGAAAGACCGCCGUUAAGGAGGAGCCUCCUAAGGCCGCCGCCCCCGUAAAACGCUCCCUCUUGUCCCCCGGCAAGUCGAAGUCUUCCGCGGCCGGGACGGGCGCUCAGCCGCCCGCCAACGGGAAAAAGCCGCCCGACAGGACGGCGUCCUCCAGAAAGCUUUCUUCCAGCAUGCGAUCGUCUGCACGACCAGCACACAAGCCUCAGUGAUAUAUCAAUACCGUUUCCUUUUCUGUAAUGAAGCUUUUUUUGAUGUGCCUAAUAUAUAUAUAUAUAUAUCUAUUUAUAUAUAUAUUUUUUUUUCCUUUCCUAAAGAAAAAAACCUAUUGUAAAUUAUUAAAGCGCCUUUCUAUCCUGCCGUUGAACCAAAUAAUUGCCGUUGGCAAGAUCUGGUACAAGAGUCUACUGCUGUACACUAAACUGAUUAAUUACCUAGGAUUAUGUUUUAAUACAGCACUGUAUAUAGAUUUUUAUGCUGAAGAAAGAUAUGAUAUAUAUAUAUAUAUAUAUAUAUCAUAUUUCUCAUUAUAACCUAAUGGACUUCACUUUGAUUACAAGGUUAUUUUAGCUUCCUGUUACUGUAGCAUGCGUAAAAGAGGUUUUUCAGCAGGUUUCUUAAAAAAUAUUUACUCAACAAGGGAUUUAAAGUGGAUUGAUGAUUUAUCAUCGUUCCAGGAUAUAUUUUCAAGAGUGAUCAAACACGAAAGUUACUGUACUUUGUACCAAGUGCUGCUUAAGGGGCAAUAUUUCACAGCUUUUGUGAGGUUGGCUGUUUUUCUUUUGUUGUUUUUUGUUUUUUUUUGCUUCUCAGAUUGAUGGUUAAAUGGCAGUAAUACCAGGGCAAUUCUAAAAUAUACUGAAUCUGCAAAAACUCUACCAUAAUCCCAAACUGUCUGAAUUACAUGGAGCCUUUAAUCAACUUUAAAGAAAGCCGCUUUCUGGCCUGCUGUGGUAGUGCAUGCGUGGGCCCGAAGGCUCAUUCUGUCCUUCAGUGCGAAAGAAUUUUUGCUGUACAACCAGCAUCUUGUUACGUAUCUGACUUCCAAAACAAGACCAGUUCUUAAAAACUAAAUACAUUGCUAUCAACCCAAUGCCCCUUAUUGCCAUUGAACAUGUAUUUAAGGACGCUCAUUAAGGAUUAAAUAAUGAAUGUUUCCAACACACAUGGAAUGCUCUGUGCCAUACAAAGGUGCUCUUUCUGUUGCUCUGCCCAGUACUGUGCAGAGCAGGUCUAUCUGACCUCUGUGCACCGGUGUGUACUUGUGCCUUUCAAUAGGUGUCUCAUAGGAUUCAUGAACUAAAUAGAAUUUUAACGGAACUUAAUGUGGAAAUGACAUGUAACAUCAGGCAUGGCAGUCGGUUUAUUGGAAAACAGUUUAAGAGGCUCUAGGUUUUUUUUGGGUUUCCUUUCAGUUGAUUUUGGUUCAGUUUGCCAUUCUGUUAAGGUCUGUCUUACUCCUAGCACAGAGUGUACAGUUAUGUAAAGUUUUGUAUAAUUUUGAUUAUGUAUGAUUUGGUAGAGGUCCAAUACUAAUGUUCUGUCCUCGAUUUUGUUUUGCAUUGACCCCAUCUCCUGUUUUUGUCUCAGAACCAGGUGGGUGACCUUUCCUUUAUUUCCUGGCCGUGUUUAUGCGUCUGUAUAAAUGCGUGUCCAUGCAGUGCAUGUGAUGCUUGCUGCUGCUGAUGUCAUUAAAGGUGGCAGCUCGGCAGGGAAUGUUGGUUUUUUUUGGGAGAGAGCCACCUUAUCUGUCCUCCUGACCGGCUGCCAGAGGGGU